AUGGAGCCGGUCGACACAAAGCUCCUCAAGGUGCCCAGCUAUUAUGCAGUCAUCGAGAAUCCCAUGGAUAUGGGGACCAUCAUUAAGCGAGUUACGCAUAAUUACUACCAUAACGUCAAUGAGCUGGUUUACGACGUCCGACUUGUGAUUAGCAAUUGCUUCAAAUUCAAUAUGCCUGGCUCCCUUGUCUAUCGCAACGGGCAAGAGUUGGAAGAGCUAUUCAUGGAGGUGUACGACAGGAUGCCGCAGGGUGCCGAGGUGCCUUUAAGUAAGGAGGUGGCGGAAAAGUCUCUGAUGAAGCAUCAAUGUCGAUGUCGAUUGAGGAAGGUGCGGGAGGAAACCGACGAGCUGGAACAGGAUGCACAAGAGCUCUUUGCCGAAAAAUGGUUGCCGAUGGUUGAAGCCUUGAACAAUGAGAAUCUCAAGACCCUGGAAGACUUUGAUGCACGGCUGCACAACAUCCUCAAGUAUUGCAAGGAACAUAACAAGCGUAUUCAGGGCACAUACGAUUACGAAUCCAGUCAAAUUCGUGAAGAAAAGGGUUACAAAGGUGCUCAUAAUGCAUAUGAUGAGCUUUAUGACAGUCUGCGCGAGUGCCGGAUGCCGCCGUUUGAUUGGGAGGAUGGUUUGAUCGAUACCCUCAAUGAUACGAUCAAAAGCCUCCAGAAGAAUCUGACUAAUUCUCGUCGUCGUGUGAAGCAGAAGGAGAAGCUUGGCUACUGUGAGCGUCUCUUGCCGAUUUUGAUCAACGCCCAGAUAAUCUCUGAAGGUCUCUGCUCGCAAACUUAUAUGCCAGACUCUUCCGAAGAAGACGAACCUACAUCCGAUCCGAAUACCAUUGACCCCAUAGAACGUGAGCUCAUUCGGAAGCAGUUUAGUGAGCUCGAUACCGAGGCCAAGUACGAUAUAAUGCACAUCAUUGAGCAGUCCGAACUUUCUGAUGAGCGCGCCUACUUUUUGCCGAAGUUUAGCCAGAAGACAAUGUUACUGGUAAAGAAAGCUAUAAAGGGCUAUCAGAUGCAUCUGAAUACGGAAGUGCUGGCACUGUAUGACUCAGAAAGCCAAGCCAAUGCAUCGUUUUCUUUGUCCAACUAUGCGUAUCUCUAA